AUGCAGGCUCAGGAAGUCCUGAGACAGCUGCGGAUUCCCGAGCUGGAUGGUCUUCGGCAGUACCUUCGCGACUUGCCAACCAAUGCGCUCAUGGGCAUGGGUGCCUUUGCAGCUAUCACCACAUACUGGUUUGCCACCCGGCCGAAAGCCCUCCCGCCACCCUGUGACCUUGGCCUGCAGUCAGUGGAAAUAGCAGGUGGAGAACGUGCAAGGAGGUCAGUACUGAACGUUGGUGACGAGUUAAUGACACACUACUACAGCGAUGCUCGCACAAUGUAUGAGGUGUUCCAACGAGGGCUCAGAGUGUCAAAUGAUGGACCUUGUCUAGGAUCAAGGAAACCUAACCAGCCAUACGAGUGGCAAUCUUAUAGAGAGGUGGCAGACAGAGCGGAGAAUAUUGGUUCUGCUCUUCUUCACAAAGGACACUCUCACACAGGAGACAAGUUCAUUGGCAUCUUUUCUCAGAACAGGCCAGAGUGGACCAUAUCAGAGCUGGCCUGUUACACAUACUCCAUGGUGGCAGUCCCUUUGUAUGACACACUUGGCACAGAGGCCAUCGGAUACAUUAUCGACAAAGCUGCCAUCUCAACAGUGAUCUGCGACAUACCCGAAAAGGCUAAGAUGAUUCUGGACUGUGCCAGUGGAAAAGGGCGAACGGUGAAGAGGAUUGUGCUCAUAGAGGCAUUUGACAGUGACCUGGUGACCCGUGGCAAGGAGUGUGGCAUUGAGAUUCUGAGUUUGAAGGAGUUUGAGGCCUUGGGUGAAGCCAACCACCAGAAACCAGUGCCCCCUCAACCAGAUGACCUCGCAAUAAUCUGCUUUACAUCUGGAACCACAGGAAACCCAAAAGGUGCAGUGCUUACUCACGGAAAUGUAAUCUCCAACACUGCAGCUUUCAUUAGAGUGACAGAGGUACACUGCAUGCUGGACCUCCAUGACAUUCAUGUAUCCUAUCUCCCCCUAGCUCACAUGUUUGAGAGGGUUGUACAGGGUGUUAUCCUCAUCCAUGGGGCACGAAUCGGCUAUUUCCAAGGGGACAUUCGACUUUUGAUGGAUGAUUUGAAAACACUGCAGCCAACAGUCUUUCCUGUGGUCCCACGUCUCCUCAACCGCAUGUUUGAUAAGGUAUUUAGUCAAGCCAACACGCCACUGAAGAAAUGGCUGCUUGAUUUGGCUUUCAGAAGGAAGGAGGCAGAGCUUAAAAAUGGCGUGGUCCGAACAGACAGCAUGUGGGACAAACUCAUCUUCAAGAAAGUACAGGCGAGCCUGGGCGGUCGUGUCAGACUCAUGAUUACAGGAGCAGCUCCAGUGUCUCCAACCAUCCUGACGUUCCUAAGAGCUGCACUGGGUUGUCAGUUUUAUGAAGGCUACGGGCAGACAGAAUGUACAGCCGGGUGCUCCUUGUCAAUGCCCGGGGACUGGACAGCAGGACACGUUGGGGCUCCUCUGCCUUGCAAUCAUAUCAAACUGGUGGAUGUGCCAGAAAUGAAUUACCUGGCUGCCAACGGAGAAGGAGAGGUAUGUGUCAAAGGACCAAAUGUAUUCCUGGGAUACCUGAAAGAUCCCGAGAAAACAGCAGAGGCACUCGACCAGGAUGGAUGGCUGCACACAGGAGACAUUGGGAAAUGGCUUCCUAACGGCACUCUGAAGAUCACUGACAGAAAGAAGCACAUUUUCAAGCUGGCACAAGGAGAAUACAUCGCCCCCGAGAAAAUAGAAACCGUCUAUAAUCUCAGUGAUCCAGUGGCCCAGAUAUUUGUUUACGGUGAAAGCUUACAGGCAUGCCUGGUGGGGAUAGUGGUACCUGAUCCAGACUUUUUACCUAUUUGGAUCAAGAAAAAGGGGAUUGAAGGAUCAUACGCUGAACUUUGCAAUAACAUGGAUGUGAAGAAUGCCAUUCUGGAGGACAUCCUGAGGUUGGGCAAAGAGGCAGGACUAAAGUCAUUUGAGCAGGUGAGAGAUAUUGCAUUACAUCCUGAGAUGUUUUCUGUCCAGAACGGCUUACUGACACCCACCCUGAAGGCCAAGAGGGCUGAGCUUCGGAGCCGCUUCAUAGGGAAAAUUGAUGAACUCUAUGCUGGAAUUAAGAUGUAAUCUGGGAUCGAGGAAUACUGUAGGGAACGUGACAAUCAUUUAGAGCACACAGCCAGAACCAAAUAGUUUAUUGAUGGUUAUUUGCCUCAAUUUAUCUACAAGUAACAAUAUUCACAAUCUUGGGAAUUGCUUUCAAACAAACUGGAUAAUGAAUUUCAGUUUGACGUAUGUAUUGUCCCCACUUCAUCUAGCAAUUGUAGCACUAAAUUUACCCUGCCAUCACUGGCUUAUUAGUUCAUAAUAUCCAGGAACAUGUCAUUGUGUGACCGGUAUAAGUUAUCCACGAGUAAGGGUUUAAAAACGAAGGGGAAAUGAGACUUCUUAUGCCUUAACUGCCAUCAAAUCUGACUAUGUCAUGGUCAGAAAGGUCCAGCCCCUGAAGACAUUUCUGCGUGUUUUUUAUUCUUGGUAACCACAAAAGAUCCUAUAAACAUGCUUUUUCAACAGUGACAAAGUAUUUAUAUACCAGACUAUUUAAUGUUUUGGUUCUAUUUAAGUUGAUAUUUAAUGUAACCAUUAAACCUGUAAAUAGUGUAUCUGCUGAAAAGUCUAUUUGUAUGCAAAGUGUCAAGCCUGAUGCGCUGUAGUUAUAAUUACCUGCAUUCCCAUGUUUCUCGAUGCUGUAUGCUAAAAGGACUGAUAAACCGGUUUUGGUGCGCAAUGUAGAUGAUGGCCUAUUAGGAAUCUUGUUGCUUGACAGACCGUUUGUGCCAUUUGGUUGUUUUUGUUUCUGCAUGGAAAAUCUCAAAUGUUACGAUAAUGUACAUGCCUUUUUUCCUUUUUCAUGUUUCAGUGCCAUUGGUUGCAGGAUAAAUCUACAUACGGUCAUUUGUAUGAUGCACACGUCUUCAGGGUAUUUAUUUGGCUCGCUAGUAUCACUGUUCAUUUUAAGAAGCCGGUUUUUCAAAAGUAAUUCCACGUCCUCGUCAGCAUGUCAAAUUAACUUUUCCCUGAUGGUCCAUGAAACUAAGAGUCUUUUCAGAUGUUUCACAAAAAACGUGUUGUGAAUUCACAUUUUUUUAUGGUCAUAGGACACAUUUAAUCAUGUCGAGGCCUCGUUGACAGUUUAAGCCAUAUUGUUGUUUUUUUAAGACUCUUAUGAUGUGAAAAGGGCAAAGGUGCAGUUUUGUGCUGGAGUUAUAUGUACAGUAUCUUUAUUUAUCAACUGUACCAAAUAAAAUAAUCCAAAAUUGUGGUA